AUGCUAACGGAGAUAUCACUGAGGAUAGUGUCAGCCAUUAGCUCCGCCUCCUUACCUCAUUCCAAUCAUCUGAUUGACAUAGACCAGGAUACCCUAAAACCUGACAUAGACCAGGAUACCCUAAGACCUGACAUAGACCAGGAUACUCUAAAAACUGACAUAGACCAGGAUACCCUAAAACCUGACAUAGACCAGGAUACUCUAAAAACUGACAUAGACCAGGAUACCCUAAAACCUGACAUAGACCAGGAUACUCUAAAAACUGACAUAGACCAGGAUACCCUAAAACCAGACAUAGACCAGGAUACCCUAAAACCUGACAUAGACCAGGAUCCCCUAAAACCAGACAUAGACCAGGAUACCCUAAAACCUGACAUAGUCCAGGAUCCCCUAAAACCAGACUUAGACCAGGAUACCCUAAAACCUGACACAGACCAGGAUACUCUAAAAACUGACAUAGACCAGGAUACCCUAAAACCAGACAUAGACCAGGAUUCUCUAAAACCUGACAUAGACCAGGAUCCUGACAUAGACCAGGAUACCCUAAAACCAGACAUAGACCAGGAUACCCUGAAACCAGACAUAGACCAGGAUACCCUGAAACCAGACAUAGACCAGGAUCCUGACAUAGACCAGGAUACCCUGAAACCAGACAUAGACCAGGAUCCUUACAUAGACCUGGAUAGCCUGAAACCAGACAUAGACCAGGAUCCUGACAUAGACCUGGAUACCCUAAAACCUGACAUAGACCAGGAUACCCUGAAACCUGACAUAGACCAGGAUACUCUAAAACCUGACAUAGACCAGGAUCCUGACAUAGACCAGGAUACCCUUAAUCCUGUCAUAGACCAGGAUACCCUGAAACCUGACAUAGACCAGGAUCCUGACUUAGACCAGAAUACCUUCAAACCUGACAUAGACCAGGAUCCCCUAAAACCUGACAUAAACCAGACCAGGAUCCAGACAGACCAGGAUCCUGACAUAGUCCAGGAUCCUGAGAUAGACCAGGAUACUUUAAAACAAGACAUAGACCAGGAUCCUGACAUAGACCAGGAUACCCUAAAACCAGACAUAGACCAGGAUCUCCUCAAACCAGACAUAGUUCAGGAACCUCUAAAACCUGAUUUAGACCAGGAUACCCUGAACCCAGACAUAGACCAGGAUCCUGACAUAGACCAGGAUCCUGUCAUAGACCAGGAUCCAGACAUAGACCAGGAUCCUGACAUAGUCCAGGAUCCUGAGAUAGACCAGGAUACUUUAAAACAAGACAUAGACCAGGAUCCUGACAUAGACCAGGAUACCCUAAAACCAGACAUAGACCAGGAUCCUGACAUAGACCAGGAUCCUGACAUAGUCCAGGAUCCUGAGAUAGACCAGGAUACUUUAAAACAAGACAUAUACCAGGAUCCUCUAAAACCUGACAUAGAUCAGGAUCCUCUAAAACCUGACAUAGACCAGGAUCCUCUAAAACCUGACAUAGAUCAGGAUACCCUUAAACCAGACAUAGACCAGGAUCCUGUCAUAGACCAGGAUCCUGACAUAGACCAGGAUCCUGACAUAGACCAGGAUACCCUAAAUCCAGACAUAGACCAGGAUCCUGACAUAGACCAGGAUCCUGUCAUAGACCAGGAUCCAGACAUAGACCAGGAUCCUGACAUAGUCCAGGAUCCUGAGAUAGACCAGGAUACUUUAAAACAAGACAUAUACCAGGAUCCUCUAAAACCUGACAUAGAUCAGGAUCCUCUAAAACCUGACAUAGAUCAGGAUCCUCUAAAACCUGACAUAGACCAGGAUCCUCUAAAACCUGACAUAGAUCAGGAUACCCUUAAACCAGACAUAGACCAGGAUCCUGACAUAGACCAGGAUCCUGACAUAGACCAGGAUCCUGACAUAGACCAGGAUCCUGUCAUAGACCAGGAUCCAGACAUAGACCAGGAUCCUGACAUAGUCCAGGAUCCUGAGAUAGACCAGGAUACUUUAAAACAAGACAUAUACCAGGAUCCUCUAAAACCUGACAUAGAUCAGGAUCCUCUAAAACCUGACAUAGAUCAGGAUCCUCUAAAACCUGACAUAGACCAGGAUCCUCUAAAACCUGACAUAGAUCAGGAUACCCUUAAACCAGACAUAGACCAGGAUCCUGACAUAGACCAGGAUCCUGACAUAGACCAGGAUCCUGACAUAGACCAGGAUCCUGUCAUAGACCAGGAUCCAGACAUAGACCAGGAUCCUGACAUAGUCCAGGAUCCUGAGAUAGACCAGGAUACUUUAAAACAAGACAUAGACCAGGAUCCUCUAAAACCUGCCAUAGACCAGGAUCCUGACAUAGACCAGGAUACCCUAAAACCAGACAUAGAUCAGGAUCCUCUAAAACCUGACAUAGACCAGGAUCCUCUAAAACCUGACAUAGAUCAGGAUACCCUUAAACCAGACAUAGACCAGGAUCCUGUCAUAGACCAGGAUCCUGACAUAGACCAGUAUCCUGUCAUAGACCAGGAUCCUGACAUAGACCAGGAUCCUGACAUAGACCAGGAUACUCUAAAACCCGACAUAGAACAGGAUCCUGACAUAGACCAGGAUACCCUGAAACCAGACAUAGACCAGGAUCAUGACAAAGACCAGGAUACCCUAAAACCAGACAUAGACCAGGAUCCUGACAAAGACCAGGAUACCCUAAAACCCGACAUAGACCAGGAUCCUGACAUAGACCAGGAUACCCUAAAACCCGACGUAGACCAGGAUCCUGACAUAGACCAGGAUACCCUAAAACCCGAUGAAGACCUGGAUCCUGACAUAGACCAUGAUACCCUUAAACCUGACAUAGACCAGGAUUCUGACAUCAUAGACCAGGAUACCCUAAAACCUGACAUAGACCAGGAUCCGGACACAGACCAGGACAUCUGUUAGCCAUGUUAGCAUGUUAGCUUGGUCUUUCCCCUCAGUGAUCUUAGAGAUAAACGGACCAAUCAGAGACAAGCUGGUGUGAUGUCACUGGUGAUGAUGAUGUUGGUAGGAUGUUUAACGCUCCCUCCUUGUUCCACUGGUCCGUCCAUGAAAUCACUCCCAGGUGAACUCUGAAAACUCUGGGUACAACCCUGUGACUUCCUGUUGGUACGACUGUAAAAUGAGUCCUUACUGAACGAGCUCUGGUUCUCCGUUCCUAAGAUCCUCUGGACAAACUCUUUGACUUCCUGUUGGUACGACUGUAAAAUCAGUCCUGACUGAACGAGUGCUGGUAGUCUGUUCCGUCUGGUCGUAGGAGGACGGCGUGUUGGACUGGUGUAUUAGUGAAAUUGAUCUCACUGUCUCAGCUGAUGAGAAUGAUGGCGGUCACCUGACCAGAAGAGGGAGCCGUUACAUCAGCUGCUGGGCUGAAAUGUCAUCUACUGUUAGGGUGACCUCAGACUCAUGAGGACGGUUUGGGGUGACCUCAGACUCAUGAGGACGGUUUGGGGUGACCUCAGACUCAUGAGGACGGUUUGGGGUGACCUCAGACUCAUGAGGACGGUUUGGGGUGACCUCAGACGUCUCAUGAGGACGGUUUGGGGUGACCUCAGACGCCUCAUGAGGACGGUUUGGGGUGACCUCAGACUCAUGAAGACGGUUUCGGGUGACCUCAGACUCAUGAGGACGGUUUGGGGUGACCUCAGACUCAUGAGGACGGUUUGGGGUGACCUCAGACGUCUCAUGAGGACGGUUUGGGGUGACCUCAGACGCCUCAUGAGGACGGUUUGGGAAGACCUCAGAUGCCUCAUGAGGACGGUUUGGGGUGACCUCAGACGCCUCAUGAGGACGGUUUGGGGUGACCUCAGACGCCUCAUGAGGACGGUUUGGGGUGACCUCAGACUCAUGAGGACGGUUUGGGAAGACCUCAGAUGUCUCAUGAGGACGGUUUGGGGUGACCUCAGACGCCUCAUGAGGACGGUUUGGGGUGACCUCAGACGCCUCAUGAGGACGGUUUGGGGUGACCUCAGACUCAUGAGGACGGUUUGGGAAGACCUCAGAUGUCUCAUGAGGACGGUUUGGGGUGACCUCAGACGUCUCAUGAGGACGGUUUUGGGGUGACCUCAGACGUCUCAUCAGGGCAGUUUGGGGUGACCUCAGAUGUCUCAUGAGGACGGUUUGGGGUGACCUCAGACGUCUCAUGAGGACGGUUUUGGGGUGACCUCAGACGUCUCAUCAGGGCAGUUUGGGGUGACCUCAGAUGUCUCAUGAGGACGGUUUGGGGUGACCUCAGACGUCUCAUGAGGACGGUUUGGGGUGACCUCAGACGCCUCAUGAGGACGGUUUGGGGUGACCUCAGACGCCUCAUGAGGACGGUUUCGGGUGACCUCAGACUCAUGAAGACGGUUUCGGUUGACCUCAGACGCCUCAUGAGGACGGUUUGGGGUGACCUCAGAUGUCUCAUGAGGACGGUUUGGGUUGACCUCAGACGCACCAUGUAGAUGGUGUGGGGUUUGACCUCAGACUCAUGAGGACGGUUUCGGGUGACCUCAGACUCAUGAGGACAGUUUGGGGUUACCUCAGACGCCUCAUGUAGAUGGUGUGGGGUUUGACCUCGGACUCAUGAGGACGGUUUGGCGUGACCUCAAACGUCUCAUGAGGACAGUUUGGGGUGACCUCAGACUCAUGAGGACGGUUUGGGGUGACCUCAGUCAUCUCAUGAGGACGGUUUGGGGUGACCUCAGUCGUCUCAUGAGGACGGUUUGGGGUGACCUCAGACGCCUCAUGAGGACAGUUUGGGGUGACCUCAGUCGUCUCAUGAAGACGGUUUGGGGAGACCUCAGACUCAUGAAGACGGUUUGGGGUGACCUCAGACUCAUGAGGACGGUUUGGGGAGACCUCAGACUCAUGAGGACGGUUUGGGGUGACCUCAGACUCAUGAGGACGGUUUGGGGUGACCUCAGACUCAUGAGGACGGUUUGGGGUGACCUCAGACUCAUGAGGACGGUUUGGGGUGACCUCAGACUCAUGAGGACGGUUUGGGGUGACCUCAGACUCAUGAGGACGGUUUGGGGUGACCUCAGACUCAUGAGGACGGUUUGGGGUGACCUCACUGCCUCAUGAGGACGGUUUGGGGUGACCUCAUACUCAUGAGGACGGUUUGGGGUGACCUCAUACUCAUGAGGACGGUUUGUUUGGUCAUUUCACCCUAAUCCAGAUUCCUAUGGUCUCAUGUUCAGUCCAAAGACCUGUUUGCGUUCAGAAAGGACCAGAGUCCUGAUGGAGUGUCCAAGAAUAUGUUCUGGCUUUAGUAAGAAACAGGCUUAAGGCUGGUUUAUCAGUGACCUGGACCUGGGUUCACUAGACCCCAAAGUCUAAUUCAUCUGAUCAGCGUGAACACCAGUGUACCGUACUGGCCCAGACGUCUGGCUCUGCUGGUAUAGGUGGUCUCAGGUCCAGUGCUCCAGUACAGGUUACCUCUGUCAUCAUGUGACCGUCAUCAUCCUCAUCACUGCUCUCUGCUCUCAAACGUGGCGUGGAGUCUGACCCUGAUGGUAGAGGUUUUCUGGUUGUUGUGGACAGAGAACCAGGUGGUGUACGGAACCUCAAAGAUGGCGGUGGUCCUGUAAACGUUUCAACCGAGAAACCAUGAACUCUUUUAGUUCCCCCCACCCCCGUUUUUGGUACUCUGGUCUAGGCUGACCUGUGUGAGUGUGACUCUAUAUUUAUUAUUAUUAUUAUUAUUAUUAUUAUUAUUAAUAUGGCUGGUUGUCGUUGUUAUUGUUGUUGUUGAUUGGUUGUUGUGUUGAUCUGUUGUUUUUCUAACCUGCAUGAUUCGAUGGUUCGCUGUUUUCCUUUCAGUCUGUAGUGUUUGAUUGCACUAAAGGGAAAACCUCA